CAGGAGCUAUUAGCAGAGUGACACAGCUGCCUUACAGAACCAGUGGCAAUUUCAAGAAACCUGUGGAGUACUCUUUUAUAGCUGAUUCUUCAAGGAGAGCUUUCUCAUCCCACUGAAUUAUCAGAAGAUCACAGGAGCCAAAAUGAAACUUACUUUCCAGUCCUUCCUCUGUUGCUGCCUGCUGGCAACAGUAGCACACUGUGUGGAACUUGAAGUGAAUCCGGAGUUGAAAAAAAGGUUAAGCAUAUGGCUAGGGAGCAGAUUGAGACGGGAUUUUGACAGUGUAUCAGUGGAGAAGACAGCAGAGUCUGAGCACUUUAUCAGACCAGAAGAUAUCAGGGAUACCUUGCUGCCGCAUUCCAGCACUGACAUCAAUGUCCGAACCAAGAGGUCGAAAAACUCAGCCAGCCAGUCAAGAAGACCAGGUUGCUCGCUGGGCACAUGCACAGUGCACGACCUGGCACACCGCCUGCACCAGCUCAAUAACAAGCUGAAGAUUGAGAGCGCCCCUGUUGAUAAGAUCAGUCCACAGGGAUAUGGCCGGAGGCGUCGAUCGCUUCCAGCGCACAGAAUCGCACUGAGGCUGGAGCAGGGCAGGCUGAGGCCCGAGUGGAGCCCAACUGACUCACAAGUUCACAAGCUUAAAGCUCUCCUGAGACGGACAUGAGCGGGAUAUGCAAGAGAAGUUGGGAACAAAAGAAAGGGAGUAGCUUCAAGUUAGUGUCCUCUCUGCUCUGUUCUAAAAUUCUCGAAAUGCCUCAGACUCCUGCCAAGUAUUCUCCAGCACAUUUUUUCCAGGCAAGAGGACUGAGUCAGAGCAAGACUGGCUGCACUGAGUCUCUCCUAAGGUUGAGCCUUGCAGCUCAGCGAUGUAGAGCGUGCAAACAACUGCAGCUAGCUUACAGACACUGGAUGGCACAGUGUGGAGAAAACUACAGGUGCUGCCCUCUGCUUGGCAGCGGGAAAGGAAGAGUGCUAAUACCUGGCAAAGUGCACACAUCCUCUGGCUCAAAGAGGGAACUCUCUUCUAACAUUCUGGGACUUUAUACACUUAUUCCUCAAGGCCAGGACUUUGAUAAGUGCUAUCCUCUAAGGAUUAUACCAAUGUGUCCCAAACUGUCAAACUGUUAGAACUUGUCUGCACUUUUCCAUUUGGACUUAAAGUCAAAUGAAUCAUCAGGAAAAGACAUCUUCAUCACAAUGCCAAACAGGAAGAUAGGCUACAGAGCUCUAAAGCUCUCAGUUUAUAUAAAGUUUUGGACACUGUAUAAGGGAAAAUGCCUUGGAUUCUGUGAGAUAUGUGCCAGUCCACAAUGGAUUGAAAUAUACUUGAAAUUGUUAUUGUUUGUACAAAAACAUGUGCAAUCUAUAUUUGUUUUUAUUGCAGGUAUAUGUAUAUUUGAAUUCCUUUAUUUAAAUAUUAUAUAGAGGUUACAUUAAAGUACUUAUGCAGAUAGAACUAUUUUUGUACAGGAAGAAAUAUAUAUGGGCAUUGUAGCUAUUUGUCAUUAUUCUUUUGCAGAUUGUGGUAUAGGAUAUCUGUUUUAUAGGUUUAUUAUAUAUUUGUAAAUGUGUUUUAUUUUAUUUGUGUCAAAGCAAUAACAUUGUCAUCCAAUAAACAUUUUGCAUAUAAAAUCUA